GGAUAGAGAUUGUGAUUUCAAUCUGGCAACCCAAGUCCGCAAUAGUUUUACGGGGCUAGGCUUGCGCUCGAGGAGGAUUUGAGGCAACAGUAAAUUUGUUAUAUUCGCUCGAUUAACUGUUCUAUUUACACCACUGUGGUCCAUUUUUUCAGGGCAUCCAUGCUGACUGCAGGACGGCUGGGGACGCUGUUGUCCAGAAGGGCAGUGGCAGCUCUCAGUACCACAUGUGCCAGGAUGACCAGCCAUGGCCAGGUGACCCAGCAGGCGGACAUGUCUCUGCCCAUGUACUGGGAUCGUCUGGACUCUCCUCUACCGGACCGACCCUACAACAAUGUUCUCACUGCUACUGAGAAGAGUCUGAAACAGAAGGAGAAAGGACCAUGGAACAACCUUUCAAACGAGGAGAAACUUGCCUUGUACAGGAUCAUGUUUAAAGACACUUAUGCAGAGAUGAAGAAGCCCUCCAGUGAGUGGAAAACCGUAGUGGGCGGAAUCUUCUUCUUUAUUGGUUUUACUGGCCUGGUGGUGCUCUGGCAGCGCAUCUAUGUGUAUCCUGAUGCUCCUCACACGUUUGAUGAAGAAUGGGAAGCUAAGCAGGUACAGAGGAUGUUGGAUAUGAGGGUGAACCCAGUGCAGGGAUUCUCUGCUAAAUGGGACUAUGACAAGGGCCAGUGGAAAUGAAUUCAAAGUGGAUCAUCUGUUAAAACCAAGGUGUCUGUUGCCAAAUGUCCAUGAAAAUACUUCAUGUCUCUACUAAGUGACUUAAAUAUAUAUAAUAAAAAAACACAAAGUGAGUGGAAAUGAUGCUGUGGCUCCAUCAUUCUGCCAUCAAUCGUCUGAGAGAAAUGUGCAAUAAACUAUCUGGUAUGAAAUAAA